AUGGUUUCGAGGGUUUUGAAAGAGGCCAAUUUAGUAAUGGUCGAUACGAACGAUUUAGAUCGCCGGCUUGCGUACCAGACACCGCCCUAUGAACAAUGGAAGAGCACGUUGUGCUCUGCUUCACCAGGGCCACUUUCAUCGGAUACACUGGUUUCUAGGAUUGGCAUGGCGCUAUGCGAACGGACCUCUAAAAUCUCGACAGACAAGAUUAGGAACGAGGCUGGGAGCGUAAGCAGUUUUGUACGCGAAGUGCUUAGAAGGUCGAAGAGCAACACCAGAAGCACUGUGUUGGCUUUCGCGUAUUUCAACAAGGUUUACGAUGGUCAGUCGGUAAAAGACAAGUUGCCGGAGUUCGCAAGGUGCUCGAAGAGAGUCUUCUUAAGCUGUCUGAUUCUAGCUAACAAGUUUCUUAACGAUAACUCGUUCGCAAUGAAAACAUGGCAUAUGAUAAGUGGCCUCAGGCAGAAGGACCUAUGUCUCAUGGAGAGAUGGUGUCUCGAUAGGUUGGAUUAUAAACUGCUGGUGACCGAAACUGAAUAUGCGGUGUUCGAGAACCGGCUGUUCGUUGCAAGCAACAAGAGGAUGCGUUGCGAGAACGAAUCUGUUAGAGAUCUUAGUUACAAGAAAUUACGUACAAUCUAA